GGAUUUCUCCACUGAUGAUACCAAACUAGAAUAUAAUGUGGACACAGAUAAUGGAAUUGCAAUGGAGGGAUAUCUCUUUAAAAGAGCAAGCAAUGCCUUCAAAUCCUGGAACAGGCGCUGGUUCUCCAUUCAAAACAGUCAAUUGGUUUAUCAGAAGAGAUUUAGGGAUAACCCAACUGUAGUGGUGGAAGAUCUGAGACUCUGCACUGUGAAACACUGUGAGGACGUGGAGAGACGCUUCUGUUUUGAAGUGGUGUCUCCCUCCAAGAGUUGCAUGAUGCAAGCGGACUCAGAGAAACUGCGGCUGGCAUGGAUCAAAGCCGUACAGAACAGCAUCGCCACAGCGUACAGAGAGAAUGGAGAGGAACACACUAUUAGUCUGGACAGGCAGUCAUCAGCGUCUCUGGGCAGCCUGGACUCUGGCUGUGAGUCAGUGAAGCCGGUUAAAAUUGAGAGUGCUCUCCAGAGGGUGCAGGCCAUCCCUGGCAAUGAGUUCUGCUGUGACUGUGGCCAGAGCGAUCCCCGCUGGGCCAGCAUCAACCUCGGCAUUACACUCUGUAUCGAGUGCUCAGGCAUUCACAGGAGUUUAGGAGUUCACAACUCAAAGGUGCGAUCACUCACACUCGACUCAUGGGAGCCAGAGUUGCUUAAGUUGAUGUGCGAGCUGGGAAACACUGUCAUUAAUCAGAUCUAUGAGGCUCGUAGAGAAGAGUUGGGCAGCAAGAAACCUCAGCCUGGAGAUCCCAGACAGGAAAUUGAGGCCUUCAUCCGAGCAAAGUAUGUUGAGAAGAAGUUUGUCCUGAAACCCACAGCUCAAAAACAAAAAGAAAAGAUUAUGGCGUUGAGGAAACAUGACAAACGCAUGAAGGGAAACAUGGAGUUUCUUCCCCCGCGUCCUCCACCUCCUACACCCAAACUGCGCACUACCUCUAAUACCUCUGCUCACCUCGGUGGUCAAGAGGUACGCCGUGAUUCGCUGUUCUGCCCUGACGAGCUUGAUUCUCUCUUCUCUUACUUUGACACAUCCUCAAAGCUACGAAGCUUGAGGAGUGCAGACAGUGGUAUUCAGAACAGUGCAGACGGGAGCAGAGAGAUGUUGGCCUCCACUGCCUCUAACAGUAGCCUGAGUGAACCAGAGCUCCAAGAGUCAGAGUCGCCCAUGUCAGUGACUCAGACGGACUGUCUUCCUGUAUUCUCUGAGCUGACUGAUUUCUCUGCUGAUCCUCUGCUGUACUGGGCAUCCUGUGCCUGCAGUCUGACAGACAUGGUGGAGGCACUGGCUCACGGAGCCGACGUCAACUGGGUCAACGGUGAAGAUAACAAUCGGACUCCACUCAUACAAGCUGUACAGGGGCAGCAGUACUUUCAGCAGAAGCAAGUCUCCGUACUUGCCCCGUAGUCUCCGUUGCUAGUCCGCCAAGACCAAUAUCCUAUCAGGAUCACUGAUCACCUGCGAGUUCCUGCUUCAAAAUGCUGCUAACGUGGACCAGCAGGACAUUCGUGGCAGAGGACCUCUGAUUCACG